CGGACUGGACUGGUGACGGCAAAAGAUUAGGCUAAUGUGCUUCUUCUCGCACGAGUCCCUUUCCCGGCUGGGCGAAGAACAAGUGGUGCCGCGACAGCAGCCGGUGUGCUUCCUGUUCCGCCUGGAUCUGCUCAUGCCGAUCCCCGGAGCGACGACGCCGGAGGCGUUGGUAUCUGGAUCGAUCUUGGCUGCUAGGGAUGCAGUGGCGCAUGAGGCGCCGUGCGUUUUGGGCGGGGGCGGCGACGCUGUGCCCGAUUCGGCCGCUGGCUCGUCCGAUUCGGCCGUCGGACCGGUCUCGCCGGGCGUGCGUCAGUUGGAUCAAGGGGUGGGCUUGGCUGAUGGCAAGUUUUCCGGGGCGUCCUGCAACACCUUCAGCUCUGGAGGCGGUCCGUCGAGUCGGGCGGCCGCAGUGGCGCGGCGGAUUCGUGCACGACAUUCAGUUCUGGGGGCGUGGCGACGAGUCGCCGGCCGUCGUCUCGAGCUGCACAAUGCAGUCCCUACGUCACAGCGGCCCGGCUUUGGCUAACACCACCAUCCGCGUAGGCUGGAAGCGGAGGCCAAGAGGUCCUCGUGCGCCAGACGAGAGGGCUGUAGUAGCUGACCGUGUUCCGCCAUUGGAAGCUGCUAUUAGAGGAUUCGCUGAUAGGGGGACUGAUGUGGGCGUCAACCCGGUGCUUGGCACUAUUUUUGAUUCGCUGGUAGAGGCGUAUGAAUUCUAUAAUCUAUAUUCAUGGGAGGUCGGCUUUGGGAUUCGUUACGGCAAGAGCAGGCAAAAUGUCAAUGGGACAUCUAGUCCUCGUCUCGGCGCACCUCGGGCACAGGAUCAAUGGCAGCAGUGGCGGGGGGCUGCGGAGACGACGCGCAGAAGAUGAGCUCUGGGACACCUUGGCACGGCGGCGUCGAUGGAUCACGGCAACUAGCUGUGCUUGUGUGCUUGUUUGAACGAGAACGUCCAAAACAAUCGGUACUGGGACAACGGCUGGUGCAUGGGCCUUAAAUACAUGCAUUUGGGGUAAAGUGUUUACAUUACACAUUUGUUCGUCGCAACGGUAAUAUUGUGUCCUUCA